CAAAAAACAAAAACGGAAAGUCGACAAGCAUAGACCCGGGGGGGGGGUCACGUGGGAGUAAAUAGAUCGACUGCGCGCUUCUUCUCCUUUUCGAUUCGCAACGCGUUCCUCAUCGGCUCUUGAUUCGCAUUUAUCAAAUCUCCCUUUAACCCGAUCUCAAACUCGUUGAUCAAAAUGCCUGGUGUUCCACCCGACGCUCUUGAGCAGGUCAAGAAGGGCUUCAAGCGCUUCUUCAGCAGUCGCAAGAAGGCUGCUAAGAAGACACCCGAACAGAAGGCCGAACCUGUCCCCGCUGCGACUGCUGCCCCUGUCGCUGCCGCUGCGGCCAGUGAGACACCUGCCGAGAAACCCACUUCCCCCGCUGCCACCCCGGACUCUGCCCCAGACGCUGCUAAGGUGCCUGAGGCAAAGGACGCUAGCACUGCGGAGCCUGUCGCCUCCUCUGAGAUGACCGCUACCGCCGGCCCCGUCGAGACUCAGUACGAGCCUGAGGCUGCUCCUGCUGCGCCUACACCUGCACCUACACCUGCUGUGCAGUCUGAGACCGAGGAGCCUGUCGCUAAGCCUGAGGUCCCUGCUACCGAGGAACCCGCUACUAAGGUCGAAGAGUCGGCUGCUAAACCCGAGGCCACUGCUGCUGCGCCUGAGGAACCUGCCGCCAAGACCGGUAAGCCAAUUGUCUUAACGAGGCAGAGGAUAAUGCUAACAGCGACAUUAGAUGCGCCCGCUAAGUAGAAGUGUGAAUAUCCACUCAUUUGGCGAGAAUAGGACCUUUCUUUGCGAGUCUGAUCUAAA